AUGUCCGUCCCAACAGGCACCAACAACUGGUGGAAGGAGGCCACUGUCUACCAGGUCUACCCAGCUUCAUUUAAAGACUCCAAUGGCGAUGGCUGGGGCGAUAUUCCAGGCGUCAUUGAGAAGGUGCCCUACCUGCAUUCGUUAGGAAUAGACGUCCUCUGGCUCUCUCCAAUGUACGACUCGCCUAUGCACGACAUGGGUUACGAUGUCUCCGACUAUGAGAGCGUCCUGCCGGCGUAUGGCACCAUUUCAGACGUCGAGAAUCUCAUUACAGCCUGCCACAAGCACGGAAUGAGGAUUAUCCUAGACCUGGUGAUUAACCACACCAGCGACGGGCACAGCUGGUUCAAAGAAAGUCGCAGCAGCAGAGAUAAUCCCAAGCGCGACUGGUACUUCUGGCGACCGCCUCGCUAUGAUGAUAAAGGGAAUCGGCUGCCUCCCACGAAUUACCGGGGAUAUUUCGCUGGGAGCACCUGGACAUGGGACGAACAUACACAGGAGUACUACCUCCAUCUCUACGCCAAAUCCCAGCCCGACCUCAACUGGGACAACCCGGAAACCCGCAAAGCCAUCUACAACAGCGCAAUCCGGUUCUGGCUGGAGAAGGGCGUCGACGGAUUCCGGGUCGACACUGUCAACAAGUACAGCAAGCAUACCGACUUCCAGGACGCGCCUAUUACAGACCCGAAUAGCUACAUCCAGCCGGCGAUCGAGAUGUGGUGCAACGGACCCCGUAUCCACGAGUUUCUACGGGAAAUAUACGACGAUGUCUUCGCGCCGUAUGGCGAUGUCGUGACGGUCGGCGAGCUGGCGAAUACACCAGACCCGGCCCAUGUCCUGCGCUACGUCGGUGCGUCGGCGAAACAGCUGAGUAUGGUGUUCCACCUGGAUAUCGGGCAUAUCGGGAUGGGCGAGAGCCUGGAAGACAAGUACAUCCUGCAGCCGUGGAAGCUGACGGAGCUGAAAUCCAUCGUGGGCAAAUGGCAGUCCUUCAUUGAGGGCUCGGACGGCUGGACGACGGCCUUUUGCGAGAACCAUGAUAACGGCCGUGCGGUGUCGCGGUUUGCGUCUGAUGCGCCGGAGUUCAGGGAGCGGUCUGCGAAGAUGCUUGCGGUUAUGAUGGUUGCUAUGACGGGGACGUUGUUCUUGUAUCAGGGGCAGGAGAUUGGCAUGGUUAAUGCGCCGAGGGACUGGUCGAUUGGCGAGUAUAAGGAUAUCGAGGGGCUGGGGUACUAUCGUGAGGCACAGAGGCAGGCUGCUACCGGUGUGAGCCCUGAUCGUCCAGAACGCAUCAUGGAGGGUCUCCGUGUUCUAGCACGCGACCAUGCGAGGCUUCCUAUGCAGUGGGAUGAUACGGCUGAGGCUGGGUUCAGUGAAGGAACGCCGUGGAUGAGGACGCACGAUAUGUAUCGCGAGAUCAAUGUGAAGAGGCAAGAGGGGGAUCCAGGCAGUGUGCUCUCGUUUUGGAAGACGUUGCUGCGCCUGCGCAGAGAGUACCGGGAGUUAUUUAUCCAUGGGACGUUUGAAGUGGUUGACUAUGAGAACCAGGAAGUCUUUACCUUUUUGAAGUCGAGAGGCGAGCACCGGGCUCUCGUAGUGCUGAAUUUCACCCAGACUGAGCAGGCCUGGUCGAGAGACAUGGCAGCUGGGAUGCAACUACUGGUGAGCAACUAUGCUGCAGCCUCCGAGACACUGCGGCCAUAUGAGGGCCGGAUUUAUGCUGUAUAG